AUGAGGAUCUACGGACCUACAUCGGUGGACAACUACGACGACGCCACGUACCCUCUGAUGAUUGCGGAUCACAACAAUUGCAGUGCCUUUGAGGAUUGGCACUGGGCCACGAUUUCGGAAAAGGUACAGGGUCCAAUCAAGAUGGAAAGCAUCCUCAUCAAUAACCACGGUCGGUCGCUGCCACGAGCUUUUAUCUCGAUCAAAGUCGAGCCGGGCAAGAGAAUCCUUCUCCGACUGAUCAACGCGUCCACGGACACGGCAUACAUUUUUAGCAUCGAUGACUAUGAGCUACAAGUGAUUGGGGCGGACUUGGUGCCCAUCCAGCCCUUUAAGAAGAACUUCCUGCAUAUCGGCAUUGGUCAACGAUACCACGGGAUCCCGGAAACGAAAAAGCAGGGCGAACACAAACCGAGCUACUGGAUCCGAACGGAGCCCGCCCAGCACUGCAAAGGCAUUCUCCUGUACGACGACAACGUCACCCGCGAUCCCACCACCGGCAAGCACGACUAUGAUACCCUGUGCCGGGACGAAGACCACACGAACAUCGAGCCGGUAAUCGGAUGGACCGUACCCAGGCCUACCCCAGAACAACUGCACAAGGUCAAAUUGCCCUUCAAGGUCAUGAGAGGAGCGAACUUCACGCUCCUCCCGGAACCCGAGGGCGACAUUCCAGCUGGGCCAAACAUCUCGGUCUGGAAGCUCAUAAAUCAUGCUGCCUGGGUGGAUUACAAGGAUCCCACAAUCAGCCAUACGGACAGGCCUGAGAGUGAGUGGCCGGAAAACGCGGCUCUGUUUGAAGUCAACAGCGAGGACGAAAAAGACGAUAGCCCGGUUGACUCUACUCGGGGGGACCUCGAUUCGCCCGGUAAGCCCGGUUGGCCGAGCCCGGGCAAAGAGUAUAAGACAUGGGUGUACAUGUUGAUCGACGGGGGCCAUCAGACCCAGAUACCACCCAGGAGGAAGGGCGAUUCGGUGAUUCCUGCGGCGCACCCGAUCCACCUCCACGGACACGACUUCGCGCUACUAGCCCAAUCCUACGAACCCUUCAACCAUAGUUUAAUUAGACAUCCCAGGCGGAUGCAAAAAUGGAUCGACACCUUCACGUUGGACAAUCCCGCUCGUCGGGAUGUGGUCUUGCUGCCGCGAGAUGGGUAUAUCGUGAUUGCAUUCCCGGUCGACAACCCCGGGGCCUGGCUCCUACAUUGCCAUAUUGCCUGGCAUGCGUCUGGGGGACUGGCAUUGCAGAUUCUGGAAGAUCGGGAGACUGUUAGGGAAAAGAUCCACGGGUGGCCGGCUCGGCAUGCAUAUAAGCAGCUUAUAGAUGGGUGUAAGAAUUGGGAAACUUGGUACAAAGACUGGGAUAAUCAUUGUCUUCCGGAUGAACGAUUCCAGGAUGAUUCGGGGGUUUGA